AUGAUUCCUGCAACCUACAUAUUAGAAGUUAGGGACAUCAUUGUUUCACCACCAGCCACAGAGAGGUAUGCAAAAUUAAAAUCAGUAUUAAUUAAGAGACUUAGUGCAUCACAGCAACAAAAGAUUAAAAUACUACUCGAGCAUGAAGAACUGGGCGAUCGAAGACCUUCGCAGUUCUUACGACAUUUACAGUCUUUAGCAGGCACAACGGUACCGCACAAUAUUGUAAGGUCUCUGUGGUUAGGUAGACUGCCAGCGUCCACACAGGCUAUUCUAGCUACUCAAGCUAAAGCUAGUUUGGACGCAGUUGCCGAGCUAGCUGACACAAUAUCUGAAGCGAUAGCUCCUAGGGCGCAAAUUUCAGAAGCUUCUAACGCUCGUGAAAGUACCAUAGAGAAAUUGACAGCCGAAUUAGCUGAAAUGAAAAUCCAGCUAUCUAGCUUGUCAAAUGCUCAAGCACAAGCUAACACAUACCGUCGCAACCGCAGCAACUCAAGACGAAGACCAUAUCCUAGAGACAGUAGCUACAGUAGGGAACAUAAUAGUGACAUAUUAUAUUUAACUCUGAUUUUAUAG